UAUUAUUAUCAGUUCAGUACCCCAUCGUUAUUCAGAGACAACAAGUACAGCCCAAUCCAGAAGUGAAAAUGAAACUAUUUGUCUUCACAUCGUUCCUCGUCGUGCUCGUUGUUUGUUCAACGGACGCCAAAAUAUACGAACGAUGCGAAUUCGCCAAAUAUCUGCUCAGCCACGGCUUCAACAAAAACAGCAUAGGAACGUGGAGCUGCAUCGCUUACCACGAGUCCAGAUACGACACCAAAGCCAUCAACAAGAACACCUGGGACUACGGAAUACUGCAGAUCAGUUCCAAGUACUGGUGCAACCAAGGCAGCAGAGGAUGCGGCAUCACGUGCAACAGUCUUUUGACCGACGACAUCGCCGUAGACUUGAAAUGCGCUAGGAAGGUCUUCGACGAGACCAAGCGUCUUAAGGGCAACGGAUUUGAGGCUUGGACCACUUACAAAAAUUGUCGUGGGGACACCAGCAAGUACGUUAAAGGAUGUUUCUAAUUCAAAUAUAUAAUAAUUAAUUAAUAAAUACAUUAUAAUCCAUAAUUAGUAAAUAUUUUAAAGGUUGAAGCAUAAAAAUAAAUAAUUAUCAAAGGUGA